AUGAACCAGUUUUCACAGAAAAAAGACCGUCCGUAGGUGGUGAAUAGCCACAUCCUUCACGAGGUGACCCCGUUCUCUGCAUUUUAUUUUACCCUACUUUUUGACUUAUAUUUUUAUUUUCCAAUGCAGAGGUUACUAAAUACGGCGGAUCGGUUAUAAAAUACUUAGUACUAUAUAAAGGCUUAAAAACAGACCUCUUAUCACAAAACUAUUAGCAUGAGCGAACUGACUUUUAAUGUAACACGAGCCUUGAAUGACUCUGUCAUUGAAUUUAAGGUUAGAGCCCCUGAAACACAGUUCAACGGAACCCCUGAAGAAGGGUUGGAGGUGCUCUUGGGGGGUGUUGACAUGAUAAUAGAGCGCUUCAUGCAACGACGGAACUGUUUCAAGUUCCAUGUCACUUUGGACGGGGUAUUUCAGAAACAUAUAAACGGUGAAGAGCAGACAUUUGGUUUCAAGACACGAGCAACUGUGUGUCUGAGAUCAUCAAACAAGGAUGAGAUGAUCAAUGAAGUUCGAAACAAAAUCUUGGAUUCAUACGAGUCUUUUCAAGGAAUGGGUUGGUAAAGUUUUCUAAUUUUUAUUUCAUUAACCUCCAACUACCUUGACCCUAAUCAAACCAAGUUGAGUUAUGUUACAAUUGCAGAUACAAAGAUUAUUACAAAUAAUCUCAACAGGUAGCGGUUGGAUAUGGAGACGAUGGCAAAUGGUUACAGUGCUCGUCAUAAAGUACAACCCUGUAUCAGGAUGAUUGAUUGAGUGAUUGAUUAGGGGUCUAUAUAGGGACCACUAUAAUGUUGAAAAUUGUUGUUUUAUAUCUUACUAAUUUCAAUUAACUUUGAGAACUUUCAAUAGUUUAAAACCAAAAAUCAAUAACAAGAGUGAUUGAAAUUAAAAAUGUAGAUAGAAGACAUAUUGCAUUUAAGUUUGAAUUAUGACGUGAUUUAAGAACAUAAUUAUCCAUGUUAUAUAUAACACUCUAUAUAACAUUAUAUAAACUCUCUUAAAUUCUAGAAUGUCGACUUACUUGCCAACUCCCAAACUGUUGAAAAAGAGAAGAUGUCUGUUGAACAUACGGAAUAAAGAUGACCAAUCAUUCCUUUAUUGUAUUGUGGCUGCUUUGAAAAGACCUGAUAGAAACCCAACACGACCUGGAUUCUAUAAGCGUUAUGUCAAGAAACUAAUCACGACAGGAAUCAACGCACCAAAACGGUUGGAGGACAUCCCCCUGUUUGAGAAACAAACCUGUAUAUCCGUCAAUGUUUUUGGUUACAGUGAGAGCGAGCUAAGAACACACAUUUUCCCUAUUUACACGACGAACUUCAAGUUUAAGAGGAUAGUACAUCUGAUCAGUUUGACAGAAAGAAAUAAAACACAUUAUGUUCUGAUCAAAUCCCUAUCAACAUUUUUGAGAUUGGUCACGAAAUACGAGAAAAGAAUGUUGACAUGUGAAAGAUGUUUUAGAAGGUUCACAUCCAAACGUUUUUUUGAAAAGCAUGCAACGUUCUGUGAGACAGGAGAACCCGCUGUCUUCAUGCCUGAAGACCCUGUAUUGAAAUUCAAAAACUUUCAAUACAAAUUUCCCUGUCCUGUGGUCAUGUAUGCCGAUUUUGAAGCCUAUCAGAUCAGCAUGAACGAGAGCACCGGUUCAAAAAGCUCAAACAUCGCUGAACAAAAACCAACAGGGUUCGCAUACAUGAUUGUGUCACCUCAUGAUGUUCUUUGUAGACCAUUGAAGUUAUAUAGAGGUGAAGAUGCAGCCGCAAAGUUUGUAGACUGUUUGAUAAAUGAGUGUUACGACAUAGAGGAUAUACUCAACGAGGUGAAACCGAUGGAGUUCACAGACGAUAACAUGGUGCAAUUUCAAACAGCAACCAACUGCUCAAUCUGUAAACAAAGCUUAAUUUGGAGCGAUUUGAACAAUCCUGUUGUUCGCGAUCACUGUCAUAUUUCAGGUUCAUUUCGUGGUGCCGCUCAUUCUCAAUGUAAUUUGAAGGCUUGUCAACAAAAGAGGUUGUUUGUCUACUUUCACAAUGGGAAGGGUUACGACAAUCAUUUCAUUCUAACAGCUUUAGCUGAUGACAAGAGAACGGGUACCAUAGAGGUUAUUGCCAAUACUGCUGAGAAAUAUAUGUUUUACUGCGAUGUGGCCCUCGCAGCUCAGUGA